CUCUGGACUUCGAACUGAAGAUAAGCAAUACAGUUCCUAUAUUUUUGUAAAAUGUCUCGUUGUCUCAAUUGAAGUUCGGAAUAUCAAAAAGUUAUUAAGUACGGUUUUUUAUCCGUUUGCGAUGGUUGCCUUCGACAAAAAUUCGAGUGUUUUCAUGCAAACACUUUUUUAUUUGAUGAAUCAAAGUAACAUUGUGCAGGACACUUCAUAUAAUUAUUAUUAUAUGCAAAUAGGCCAAGAUAAUGUUAUAGAGACUAAAGCAUCAAAAUGUUAUGGAAUUUAUGGCUGUUUCGAAUUGAAUUACCCAUGGACGUCAGAAAAUCGACCAGUUGCGUACUAUCCCGAAGAGAUAGAAAAGAUUGAACCUCAGUAUCUUCUUCUAACUCGUCAGAAUCCGGUAAAACCCAUAAUUAUGGAUUUGAAUGAUUUCGAUUAUGACGAUCCCACAGAUUUUGAUCCAGAAAAACCCAUAUACAUUAUAACUCAUGGUUAUAUGGAACGUGGUUCGAUUGGAUGGAUACAAGAAAUUGCAACUGCACUUCUGCGCCUAGAAGACUGUAGUGUGAUUAUAAUAGACUGGCAGAGGGGUUCUGGACCACCGUACACUCAAGCGGUAGCUAAUAUAAGACUUGUAGGAGCUAUGACUGCGUAUUUAUUGGCAGAUCUAGCUAAAUUUACUUAUAAGAAUCUAGAUCACGUUCACGCAAUUGGACAUUCAUUAGGAGCUCAUUUAUGUGGUUAUAUAGGUUAUACACUGCAGAAGGAAUUCAAUCUAACUCUUGGUAGGAUAACCGGUAUGGAUCCUGCUGAGCCUCAUUUCUCAAAAGCUAAACCUCCAGUUCGACUGGAUCGAACGGCAGCAAAAUAUGUUGAUGUUGUACAUACCGAUGCAAGUCAAUUUAUUAGAGGAGGUCUAGGAAUACUAGAAAGUAUUGGACAUGUUGAUUAUUAUCCUAACGGAGGCACUGAUCAACCUGGUUGUACUAAAGGGGUAACUCAAUAUAUUAGAGAUGCAAAUGGAAGUUUGUUCAAUGGAGUUAAGAAAUAUUUGGCGUGCAAUCACGUGAGGAGCCACGAAUAUUUUUUAGAUAGUAUAACACCAGACUCAAAAUGCAAAUAUUUAACGAUUUCGUGCCAAUCAUUUCAAGAUUUUACGAGUGGAAGGUGUUUCGGUUGCUCUGCAAAUAAUGAUAAUUGUAUUCCAUUCGGUUUUCACAGCAGAAAACACUACGAUCGUUAUAUGCGAAGUAAAUGGAGUAAUACCAGCCGAAUUCAAUAUUUUAUUACAGGAGAAAACCGACCAUUCUGCAAACAUCACUACAGAAUAACAGUUCAAGUGUCAAAUUCUAACCAAAGUAGAGCCCACGGUGGUGAAAUAGGUCAAUUGGUAUUCACCAUGCAUGGUACAAGCGAUGGUAGGGGAUCCAAAACAGAGCCUAUAGGAUUCAUAAGUGGGUUCCAUGAACCAGGGGAGUUAUACACAGGGGUCGUAGCAACAGAUCCAGUUCCUCAUUUAAAAGCAAUUGAAAUAGAAUGGAAAUACAACAGUAGUUUAUUCAAUCCAUUAACAUGGAGGAUUUUGACUACACCCAAAAUAUUUUUGAAGAAAAUCACUGUGGAAGGAAUGGAAAUUGGUGAGAACCUGACUGUAUGCCCAAAACAUAAAUUGCCACUGGCAAAUGGUAUUCCUCAACUACUCAUCCCAUCAUAUUGUUAAAAUAAGUGAAAAAACCGUCUUUUUAUUGUUAUACAUUUUAAUUCAUUUGUUGUUAUAUUUAUCAUCGUUUUCAUUAUUUAUUUUUACUUGUAAGGUUUUCAACGAAACAAAAUAUGAACUUAAUUUUCCAAA